GUGUUGCGAGAGUCUCUCUGUAUGUGAGCGCGCGCGCACACGCAGCUUUAGCAGCACGGUAUAGUCGUAUAGUCGUCGCUUCGGCCGGACAAAGAUAGCAGAUAGCGCAUAGAUAUACGUACACACGUACGAGACAUAUACCGAGCAAGAGUGUACGUAACCGUGUGCGAGUGCGUUGGUGCAACGUAUAGGUAUAUAGGAGUCGUCGCUACUGCUAGCUCUCUCUGUCUCUCUCUCUCUCCGCCUCUGUGUGUGUAUAUACUGUGUCUGUGCGAGUAUAGCGGGCGCGAGCGAGCGAGCGAGAGAGAGUGAGGAGACUACUACUGGCGCGCGCUAGAGGAAUAAGCGGUGUACGCGACAGUGUCAGUCUUUGGUCCACCCGAGGCACGAGCCGCGAUCAGCCGACACCUCGAUUGAGCCGAGACCCGUGUGGCCGUUCGCGUGUGUGCAGCAGCAGCAGCCGCACGACGACCCGACGACAGCCGCCUAGAGAACGUCGCGAGACAGUAUAUAUAAAAUAAGCCGUGCACGGUACGAGCUUAUAUCGAGUGCGCGACGAGUACGUCGAGUGUGCAGCUUUUUUUUCGCUGAAAAAGCCGUAGCAGCAACUUGGGAAUUCUACGGAAGAGCAGAGGAGGCAGCAGCAGCAGCAGCAGCCGCCGCCGUCACGCUUGACACAUAGCGCACCAGCCAUGGGUGACGACAAGUGAUUGGCGCAGAGCUGAAGCACCAGCAGCACCAGCACCAGCAGUGUAGCAUAGAGCUCGUUCGGUAGCUCUUGAAUAACCGACAUUGAACGACAACUGAAGAGUACGGCGACGACGACCAGCUACCUCAUCAGUAUAACAGUAUACGAUUCGUGACAAAAAAAUAAAAAGAAAGAAAAUUAAACAGUCAAGUGUGUCGAUGGUGUAAAGUUGUUGAUUCAAGUAGGGAAUGAUCUAAUCUAGAAUUAAGACAUAAAAGUCUCGUGUACAGAAGUGCGUGUAGUCGUCGUCGUCGUCGUGAGUGCGGCUGACGUGUUUUGUGAGAAAGCUCCUCUGCGCAGGCAGCUUUCCUACGUUAAUUAGAUUUCCGAAGAGUCUGUACGACCAUCAGCUCAACCAGUCAUGUCGCGGCGGAGGGCCCCGAAAAGGGGAGGUAACCUCGAUGAGCUCAAACAGGAGCUUGUCAUCGACUUUCACAAGAUCAGCCCAGAGGAGCUGUACCAGAGAUUUCAGACACAUCCAGAAAACGGCCUGAGUCAUGCGAAGGCUAAGGAGAAUCUGGAACGUGACGGGCCCAAUGCCCUCACCCCACCGAAAACGACGCCCGAGUGGGUGAAAUUCUGCAAGAAUCUGUUCGGUGGCUUCGCCCUUCUACUCUGGAUCGGUGCGAUUCUCUGCUUCAUCGCUUACGGUAUCGUCGCCUCGACGUCCGAGGAUCCCAACGACGACAAUCUUUACUUGGGUAUUGUCUUGACGGCCGUCGUCAUCGUUACCGGCAUCUUCUCGUACUACCAGGAGAGCAAGUCCAGCAAAAUCAUGGAAUCGUUCAAGAACAUGGUCCCUCAAUUCGCCACCGUCAUUCGUGAAGGUGAAAAAUUGACCCUGAAAGCUGAAGACUUAGUCCUUGGCGACGUCGUCGAGGUCAAGUUCGGCGACAGGAUUCCCGCGGAUCUGAGGAUCAUCGAAUCGCGAGGUUUUAAGGUAGACAACAGCUCGUUGACCGGAGAAUCCGAGCCUCAGUCCAGGUCGCCCGACUUUACGCACGAAAAUCCGCUGGAAUCCAAGAACCUCGCCUUCUUCUCGACGAACGCCGUCGAGGGCACGGCUAAGGGUGUGGUGAUCUGCUGUGGCGAUCAGACGGCGAUGGGACGGAUAGCCGGUCUGGCAUCCGGCCUUGAUACCGGUGAAACGCCGAUCGCCAAGGAGAUCCACCACUUCAUUCACCUGAUCACUGGCGUGGCCGUAUUCCUGGGCGUGACCUUCUUCAUCAUCGCCUUCAUCCUCGGCUACCACUGGCUCGACGCCGUCAUCUUCCUCAUCGGCAUCAUCGUGGCCAACGUGCCCGAGGGUCUGCUGGCCACCGUCACCGUAUGCCUGACCCUCACGGCCAAGCGCAUGGCGUCCAAGAACUGCCUCGUGAAGAACCUCGAGGCCGUCGAGACCCUCGGCUCCACGUCGACCAUCUGCUCCGACAAGACCGGCACGCUCACCCAGAAUCGUAUGACCGUUGCGCACAUGUGGUUCGAUAAUCAGAUCAUCGAAGCCGACACCACCGAAGACCAGUCUGGCGUGCAGUACGACCGUACCUCGCCAGGCUUCAAAGCACUCGCGAAGAUCGCUACCCUGUGCAACCGUGCCGAAUUCAAGGGCGGACAGGACGGUGUGCCGAUCCUCAAACGUGAGGUCAAUGGUGACGCCUCUGAAGCGGCACUCCUCAAAUGUAUGGAGCUCGCUCUUGGCGAUGUCAUGGGCAUUCGUAAGCGCAACAAGAAGGUCUGCGAAAUUCCAUUCAAUUCCACCAACAAGUAUCAGGUAUCUAUUCACGAGUCCGAGGAUCCCAGCGAUCCUCGCCACUUGUUGGUGAUGAAGGGCGCUCCCGAGCGUAUCCUCGAGCGCUGCUCUACGAUCUUCAUCGGAGGUAAGGAAAAAGUGCUCGACGAGGAGAUGAAGGAGGCAUUCAACAGUGCCUACCUCGAGCUCGGAGGUCUGGGUGAGCGUGUGCUCGGUUUCUGCGACUUUGUCCUGCCGACCGACAAGUUCCCGCUUGGCUACAAGUUCAACUGCGACGAUCCCAACUUCCCCGUGGAAGGACUGCGCUUCGUUGGCCUCAUGUCGAUGAUCGAUCCUCCGCGUGCCGCUGUACCUGACGCCGUGGCCAAGUGCCGCUCGGCUGGUAUCAAGGUCAUCAUGGUCACCGGUGACCAUCCGAUCACUGCCAAAGCCAUUGCCAAAUCCGUCGGCAUCAUCUCCGAAGGUAACGAAACCGUCGAAGACAUCGCAGCGCGAUUGAGCAUCCCUGUGUCAGAGGUGAAUCCACGCGACGCCAAGGCCGCCGUUGUGCACGGUACCGAGCUCAGGGAACUCGGCCAAGACGCUCUCGACGACAUACUCAGGUACCACACCGAAAUUGUGUUCGCCCGUACGUCACCGCAGCAGAAGCUCAUCAUCGUCGAAGGUUGUCAACGAAUGGGUGCCAUCGUCGCCGUAACAGGUGACGGUGUCAACGACUCGCCAGCCCUGAAGAAGGCAGACAUCGGUGUGGCUAUGGGUAUCGCCGGCUCGGACGUGUCCAAACAAGCAGCUGACAUGAUUUUGCUCGACGACAACUUCGCCUCGAUCGUCACCGGUGUCGAGGAGGGUCGCUUGAUCUUCGACAACUUGAAGAAAUCUAUCGCGUACACACUUACGUCCAACAUCCCCGAGAUCUCGCCAUUCUUGGCAUUCAUCAUUUGUGACAUUCCUCUGCCACUCGGCACUGUUACCAUCCUCUGCAUCGAUCUGGGUACCGACAUGGUGCCGGCCAUCUCUCUAGCCUACGAGGAAGCGGAGAGCGAUAUUAUGAAGCGUCAACCACGAAACCCCUUCACUGACAAGCUAGUUAACGAAAGGCUCAUUUCCAUGGCAUACGGUCAGAUCGGUAUGAUCCAGGCGGCUGCAGGCUUCUUCGUGUACUUCGUCAUCAUGGCUGAGAAUGGUUUCCUACCGAACCAUCUCUUCGGUAUCCGUAAGCAGUGGGACUCCAAAGCUAUCAAUGACUUGACGGACAGUUAUGGUCAGGAAUGGACUUUCCGAGAUCGCAAAACGUUGGAAUUCACCUGCCACACGGCCUUCUUCGUGUCCAUUGUCAUUGUACAAUGGGCCGAUUUGAUCAUUUGCAAGACCCGACGUAACUCCAUUGUUCACCAAGGUAUGAGAAACUGGGCCCUCAACUUCGGUCUUGUGUUCGAGACUGCCCUUGCCGCUUUCCUCAGCUACACGCCUGGUAUGGACAAGGGUCUCAGAAUGUUCCCGCUCAAAUUCGUCUGGUGGUUGCCCGCCAUUCCGUUCAUGCUUGCUAUCUUCAUCUACGACGAAACGAGACGAUUCUACCUUCGUCGAAACCCAGGGGGCUGGCUCGAGCAAGAAACUUACUAUUAAAAAACUCGCGCCCGCACGCUACAUACUAUUAAAUAUAUAACAAAAAAAAGUACAUCAUCAUCAACACCGCUGCUGCUGCUGCCGCUUAUCAAUAAAACAAAAAUGAAACAAACAAAUGAAACGCGAGAGAGAGAAAAAGCCGACAGCAGACGUGCAUUGCAAAAACCCACAAAUGCUACUUUUAUGAAAAUACUGUACUUGCUGCUACAUCCACAAACAGCAACGGCAGAUUAUCACAUCGAUUAUUUUAUUUCUGCUCUUUUUACACAUCGCCAUAUUUUUGUCGAUUGCUCGACGAUGACAGACAAUUUGAUGCCGCUAUUACUACUUCUACUACUAUUAUCUACCAUUUCUUUUACAUUUACUACUUCUGUGUGAUCAAUAACUCUGUAAACCAAUGUUUAAUGAGAAGAAUACGUUUGUGCUCGUAUAUACAACUGUAGUGAACGUAAAAAGAAAUUUUGUUAAAAAUCGAACGUGCUUAUAAGAACCAAGAUUUAUUAAAACACAAAAUAGUGAUAAAGCUCGCGUUUCGCCAUAGAUUUUACUACUAUGUUCAUCGAAAUAAUAUAAGGACUGAUUCGCUAAGUUUACAAGUGAAUGAGAGAAAGAAUAACUUUGAAAUAUGGAUUGUUGAACUAUGCGCGGAAUCAUAAAAAUGAUUAAAAAGAGCAAAAAUUAAAUUUGAACUAAUAAUGUUGAUUCAUCAUUCUAGUAUAUAUAAAUAAGUAUAUAUAAUGUGGGUCACGCAGAAAGCUCUUCGUUUCGAUACUCUACUCGAUGGAGUUUCAACGACAAACUAUUUCAUAAUGGUAACAAAAAUGUUUGUUAUAUUACAAUGUGCAUUCAAAAGCAGAGAAUGAACGAUGUUGCGAGUGUCGUUCAACAAAAAACAAAAAAAAAGAAAGAAAGCAUGCGAGCAACUGGCAUGUAUAUAAGUAUAUAUACACAUGCACAUCGUGUGCACUCAUAUAUAUUUAUAUAUAUCGUAUUAUGAUAAAUAUUAUAUUACUGCGAGCGCAAGAGCGGGAGAGCAAGCGACAACGUGUGUGAAAGUUUUAAAGAAAACAAAUAAAUUAUUAUUAUUACAUUAUGUGUAGCGAGCAAGUUAUUAAUGAAUGCAAGAAGACGAGCGAAUCAUUUCUAUAGAGAUUUACGUAGAAUGGCCUAACAUGUCGAAGGCGUGUGUGUGGCAGUUAAAAAUGUAAUAAAAAAAUCAGACGCUGUAAAACGAAUCUCGGAUUAAGUCGCGCGAGCAAAUCAAUAGCUUGGCUCGACAAUCCUUGAGAUUUGUUGAGGUCGGACCAUCGGGCCCCAGAGUCUGUUGUUAGAACAGAUUAUUAUGAAAUUAUAAUUAAAAUAUCCAUCAAUUCACCCCUAAAAAGCAUACAAUAAUAAGUGGUUCCGAGAACUCAUGAUAAAGUAUGUUAAAACACCGGACUUGAAGAUCUCAAUCAUGAGUUAUUGCGGUUGAUUGGCAAAAUAAAAUAAAAUAAAAAACUUAUAUAUUAACAACCACAGAAUUCUUGAGAGAAAUGCGCAUUUUUCAGAAUGAUAAUAAUAGAAGAAAUGAAGAAACUGUUGUUCGUUAGAGAUACGCAUUAUCCGAAAACUACUUCUUCACAAAAACAUUAUAGUUAAUGGAAGAGAAAAUUUUUUUCGGAAAAUUAUUCAUAUUAUUAUAUUAUAUACAAGAUUUUCGCUGGUAGACAGAUUGGCGCAGAACGCCAAUUAGAAGGGCAGUUUGCUAAUUUAUGAUAUUAUACAUCGCAACUAAACAGAUAACGUAACGUAGACUAAUGAUUAAAAAAAAAAGUAGCGCUGACGGAAAGCUCGAUUUAUUCAGGCGAAAUAAAAAAAGUUACGAAUCCAACAAUGUUGGUGAAUUUAUCGGGCUAUCAUCAGCUAUAAAACACAGGACUACAUGCUGAGAAGUUGACACAGCCGUUUUGACUACAAAAUUUAAAAGUGAAUGUAAGAAAAAAUAAAAUAAACAACCUAAAUGAGGACUUAUACUAUUCUUGAGCCCUAAAACAAGUAAUAUCUGUAUUUAACAACUAAAGUGGGAUGGCGAGUAACCGCUUAAACAUCAGUUAAUAUUAUCAAUAAACCAUCGAUCUUUAUAUAAAUAUAUAAAUAUAUAUAUAAUAUAGACGAACUUAUAUUGAUUAUUAUCAAACGAACAAAAUUUAGGCGAGAAAUAAAAAUAAAAUUAGAUCGACACGCCCUUGUAGAUGAAACAGAAGUGUAUAACGUCAAAGGAAAAAACAAUUAAUAAGUAAUAAAUCUAACGAAGUAGCAAGAUAAUUACGUUUGCAGUAUUCAUUAUAUAUUAUUAAUUAAUUGAUUAAUGGAAAAGAAAAGAAUGAUGAAGAAAAGAAAUAUUAGUGAUAGAACAUCAAUAAAAAUAAAAACAAACAUUCAAGUAUAAAGUUAUUAUCCAAUCGAUUUGAGUCUUAUCUGAGUAGUCGAAGCAUCAGGUUGCAAUGCAUAUUAUACAUGUAUUCAAAAUAUAAUUGAAUUUUGGAACGUGCAAAUUGAACGUUGAAAAAUACACAGAACAGACGAUGUACGAGCGGGAACGGAACGAUUGUUCAUCCUAUGAAUGGGAAAUGGAAAGAAAAGGCAUGGCAAGGAUUUUCAGGAACGUAAAAGCGAAGAAAGACGGACACGAAGUUGGAUAGUAUAUAAAUAUUUAGCGCUUAAAAAAGACAACUCUACCAACUAAGAAGAAUUUAAUUAAAUUAAAUAAUAAAAAUUGAAAAAAAAAAGAAAAAACAAGUUAUUUAAUUAAUGCGCGAGCGAUUCCUAGAAUGAACUGUGCAUUUGGGUAAAUUGUGAGCAUAUAAAAAAUAUACGAAAAUAUGUCAUUAAAAAGUCUAUGAGAUUUGUUUAAGUUGAUUCAUUAAUAAUUAAGCGUUGUUCGUAUAUAUACAUUAAAUGAGCGGCAGGUGAAUAGUGAAAAACAAUGUUAUUGAUUACGCGUGAUGGUAUAUUAUUUGAAAGUUAAAUACGAAAAAGUAAUUAAAAAUUGCUAAUGGCGCAAUGAGUAGACAUUUUAUUUGGCAAUUUGAUUUUCUAAAUCAACGCGAGUUUCACGUCGAGUUACUAAUUGCAUACGCAUAAAAAAUAAAAGUAAAAUUGACCGAUUCACAGAUUAAUCUCGAACGAUGAAGUUGCCGUUUUAUUGGUGAAAAAUGAGAUUGAGUUUUCAUUAAAGCUAAUCAGAAUGAAAGAAUAUAAGAUGAAACUUAAAUUUCAAGAACCAAAAAACGAGAUAAAAACAAAAAGAAAUUAUACAUUACAAUAUUUUAUGAAUAAUUAUGCAGAAAUCACGAGCAAAAGCAAGAAAAAAUCGUGCUGUUAAGCGUACAUAUUGAAUAUACAUAAUAUUGUCUACAUUAUUUCCUAGUUUCGACUCCUCUUUUUACAUACUUGAUUAUUGUUAUAAUUUUAAUACCUGUUACAUGUAUAGUUUGAGCAUCGCUUAUCGGCUACAAGUAUAAAUAUAUAAAAUAAAAAAAUUUUCAAAAAAUACGAAAAAAACGUGGCUAUAAAUGAAACAACAGCGGUAACGAUUAUCAAAAAUCCAGAUACAAGGCAUAUAUAAAAAUAGAAAAAUGUAGAGAGCACCCGCGUGGAGCGCCGAAUACCCUGUGUGGUCUCACCGUGGUCUGUAUAAUGCGAGAAGUAAAUAAAUUCCAACGACAAAACUAACGGACGUACGAUCAUUUUUCGUGUAAUGCCUGCCACCGUAUCAAUAAAAACAAAACCAAAUAAACAAAACCAACAAAACUAACAAAAAAACUAUUGUCUACCGUGACUUGGCGCGCGAUCGCGCACAUAACUUCUCUCUGUCAAGGAGCUGUAAACUCAACAACGAUCGAACUCGUGAAAAUCGUGGAUAGUUGCGGGGCAGCGCCUUAAAGUGUUCAGUUGGUAACUGCGACUGUUAUUAUAUAUAUAAAGAAAAAACAAAGCGAUGAUGAAAAAGCGAAACGUGUAGCAUCGCGCGAAAAACAAAUCGACUUGUCUCUUGCAGCGGGUCGGAGCCAGCGGAGCGAUGCGUUUUUCUCUCGACGCAUUAACGAGUUGUACGCAGAGGCGAACCAUUUGGACACCAAGAAUGAGACUUAGAAAACAUACUUUGCUACGGCAACGAUCGGACGUAUUCACUGAGAAGAACGACCAACGAACCUUUUUCGUACGCAAAUUUAAGUAAAAAAAAGUAGAUAAGUAAACGAUAUCCAAUUAGCGAAUUUAAGCUGAAAAAUAAUUGGAACGAAGAAGCAUAUCGGUAAUUUCUUCGACAGGAGAUACCGCCAGGCUCGCUGCGGUAGCUCAGUCUUGGCCAUGUUUUGUCAGUCAGCAUUCGAGGAUUCGGUUGUAAAAUUUUCCGGGAUUGCGCCUCGGUCUUUGUAACGUCGUGCCCUCCCCGUCUUGACAGAGUAUAUUUGUAUAUCAUACGGAUAGUGCUCGGCUCCACGAGCUCUAGGAUUCCUUACAUAAAAGUAAAGCAAAUAAAUUGUAGCAUAUAUACAUAGGCGAUGACGAUUGAAGAUAUGAUAUCAGUAAAACAUAUAACUACUAUCCUCUAUAUCGAUAUAAGAAAAAAAAACUUAUUUAAUCUCUAAUACUUCUCUAAUGACGCUUUGUCAAAUCAUGUAUACUCGUUGGGUCGUGGCAACUUGACCUACGUCGAAACUCUAAUUUGGUUCGCAGCGAGGCGCAAUUUCCGUUCGAUUUUCAUCUCACAGACACGGAUGGUACUCAGCUAGCUCGAUCCUCGAAGCUAUUCGCUUUUCCUCGAUCUCUCCCUCACUGUCAUCCGCGCUCGAUGCAAAAUCGCUUUGAAUAUUAUCAUAGCCAAGUAGAGUAAUUACAAAAAGAGGCAUCGAGGUAGCAAAAAAGAAGCCGCUGACAGUGAGAGACAGUGUAAGAGAUAAAGACAUAAAUGAGCUGCGGCAUAUAUUUCUCGCUCGCGGAACAUCGUACGACGCGCAACCACCGAAAACCCAACAUCCUAUGCGUGCUCGGUACCGAAUUCACGAGCCACGCGCACUCGCGCGAACAGCUCCGGAGCUCAGCGUAAAUGCUCGCGGUACCAGAAGCCAAAAAAAAAAAAAAAGGAAGAAGUACCAACUCGUCCCGGAACGAUCGAGAGAAAAACGCGUCGCAUUUUUGCAACAUCGCAUCUUGUAAAAUCCACUCACACAAUAAAUCGCUCUCCAUUCGAAAUCGAUUCUUAUAUAUAUUAUAUGAAAAAUAUACGAUACGAUUUUAAGACUAUAAUAGGUAUACUCUCGUUCAUUCUGUAGAUUUAUUGCGACGACGAUGAAGAAAAAUAAUAAAUGAAAAAAAAUCACCAAGAUCAAAAAAGUAACGUACACAAUAUAUUAAUUAUUAACGUAAUCAUAAUAAAAAACGAGAAUAAUGUGGUGUGCAACGAAAGAUUGAGAUUACUACAAUACAAUACUUGAUAUGAUAAUUGUCAUUAUAAUUACGAUAUGCACGAGUUUACGAAUGAUUGUUGUGUCAUUGUUAAUAAUUGCAAAUUUAAAUACUAUAAUAACGGUACGUACGAAACGCAUUUGUUUGUCUCAACUUUGUGAGUCUUUUCGUUCUCGUUUUUUUUCUAUCAAUUUGUUUAAUUUUUUUGUAAAAUCGCGUAAGAUAACUACUCAUACAUAUAUAACACACACAUCUACACACACACGCGUACUGUACGAAAGGGUGUGCCUAUUAUACACCGACUCAUCAUCAUAAUUAAUAUAUCGAGAAACAUCGGGAACCGCCGCGGAUGUAAAUUUUUCAGUUCUUUUCCCCGUCACACAUGCACAGGGUGUUCGUGCGAGCCCCGGUCGCGCGUAAAAACGCAUUAUUAUUCAUAAAUUUAUCCCUGCGCCAUCGUAUUAACUGACCUUUUACGCGAUUAUUACUCUACGAUAGAAUAGAAAGCAGUCUUAUACAUACAUACAUUAUGAAUGAAAAAUAAAAUAAAAUGAAAUAAAUUUGAAAUGUAUAUCUUUCACCGCGGCGAUGCUAGAAGUUUAAUAUAUUGAACAAAUGUAGAGAUUAUUAUAUGAUAAUAGUAUACCCGUUGUUAUUCUGUGUAAUCACGCAAAAAAACGCCAGUAUAUAAUGAGAAAAACGACAACAAAAUGAAUUAUUAUUAUGAUUAAUUAUUAUCACCUAGCUCCUACCUAUUUAUUACUCUCAUCAUCAUUUAUUAUUAUAACAUGAACGUUAUAAAAAUGCUUUUUUGCCAUCGUUUGCCGCCUUUUAAAGUCAUUCAGAAAAAAAAACUGAAUUAUACGACAAAGCAGUUAAAUGAUAAAAGAAAAAUAAAACGUAGCACAUCCAAACACAACAAAAACAAUGGUUUUGGCUAAUAUUAAAGCGAUGAAUCGCUCACUAAAAAAUUACCACGAUUCAAGAAAAAAAAAUUAAUAACUUUCAAUAAUAAUGAUGCAUGAAGGACAAGACACGAAACACCGAAUUUACACGCAUAUUCACACAGCUCUCCCAACACACACUUUAAACAUAAACAAUUUACAAUUAAAUGAAAAAAAAGAUGAUUACGUGUUAACAAGUAAGAUAUUAUUAGAUGUAAUUAUUAUAUAUGGGUUUAGUUUAGUAUAUCGUGUUGUUGAUGAAUAAAAAAAAAGAAAAACAAAUUACAGAUUAAAACAAACGAAUAAUAAAAUUAAGUAAGAUUAAAAAAAAACCAUUGAUAUGCUGAUGAAACGUAUGUACUUGCGAUACACGCGACAAAGUAACGACGAAA